ACCAUCCAGAUCGCAUCUCGUUCACCCUCCGUGGGCUAGACUGGACAGUGGGCGCCGUAACAACCUAUCCACCCCCUGCCGGGUGGGACAAUCCGCAGGCCGCGGUAAAUCUAUCCAAUUAGAGCAGCUUACGUUCUUUCAACUUUCCUUCUGUGGCUUAAGGACUCCCAAGACACGGAAAUGUUUCACCAAACACUCAAAAGACAAAUUUUCUGGCAAUCUUAAGAAAGGAAUUAAGGAUACAUAAUUUGUUUUUGAUUUAAAGAGAGGAACAAACGGUGUGUUACAGGAAACUCAUUUUUUUUUAGGGGAAUAGGCUUUUUUGGUCAAAUUUGGUCCCACGACGCGUCUCAAAGGUGAUAUUUUAAGAGUUCGCGGGACAGAAGACUUUCUGGCGUCCAAAGCCACUCUGGUCAGCUAGUCUGCGUCAGCAGAGAGAAGCGGUAGCAGACAAGAGACGCAGAGAUAUUAUAUAAACAAAAGGGGUGAAGCAUCCGUUAUUGAAUACCAUGAUCUGGAUGAAUCAUGCCCCAACCACCUCAGUAGUGGUGUGAGUCUGUGCUAAUUCCUCCCUUCUCCUCCUCUUUCAUCUCCUCUCCCUUCCUCGCCCAGACGUCACCAACCACCUGCAAACAUGGGAAAGAAGAACUCCAAACUCAAACAGGAAACUAUCCAGAAACUGUGUGAAGAAACUUAUUUUUCUGACAAAGAAAUCAAGCAAUGGCACAAGGGGUUCCUCAAAGAUUGUCCAAAUGGCCUUUUGACGGAGACGGGGUUCAUCAAGAUAUACAAGCAGUUCUUCCCCCAGGGAGACCCCACCAAGUUUGCCUCUCUGGUGUUCAGAGUCUUUGAUGAGAACAAUGAUGGUGCGAUCGAGUUUGAGGAGUUCAUCAGGGCGCUCUCUAUCACAUCCAGAGGAAAUGUCGACGAGAAACUCCUGUGGGCGUUCCGGCUAUACGACGUCGAUAACGAUGGCUUUAUCACCAGAGAGGAAAUGUACAGCAUAGUUGACGCUAUAUACCAGAUGGUGGUGAGUAUAUCUAUGCCCCGCGAGGUAUGCUGUGAGUAUGCUUCUUCCUGCUGACGCUGCC